CUGUUUUUUUUUUUUGAAAUCACUAGUCUCCGUGUACUACUAAUCAAAUGUGCUAUCAUUCAGGUUGCCUACAUUUGGGAAGGAAAUGAGCCAAAUGACAGUUUCAAAAUCACUUACAAUGAACUUCAUUCCCAGGUUGUCAACUUCUCCGCCGUCUUACGUGGUCACGGGGUGAAGAAAGGAGACGUGGUAGCCCUUUACCUGCCAAUGAUCACCGAAUUAGCUGUUGCUAUGCUUGCUUGUACUCGCAUUGGAGCUAUGCAUUCGGUGGUUUUUGCCGGUUUUUCUGCCUCAGCUUUAGGAGCGCGAAUAAUUGACGCCAACGGAUCGACGGGAAAGCCUAAAGGAAUUCAACAUUCAACUGCCGGCUACAUGGUUUAUGCUUAUUACACGACCAAAUGUACCUUUGAUGCUCAUCCUGAGAAAGAUGUCUACUGGUGUACGGCCGAUUGUGGUUGGAUUACUGGACACACGUAUUUGUUGUAUGGACCAUUGAUGAAUGGGUUGACUGGUAUAUGGUUCGAAGGAGUUCCCACUCAUCCUGCUCCGGACAGGAUGUGGGCGGUUACCGAUAAAUACAAGGUGAACAAGCUUUAUACUUCGCCAACUGCGAUUCGCGCCUUAAUGGCCAUGGGAGAUGAUUAUGUGACGAAGCAUUCUCGUGCUUCCCUGGAGAUUUUGGGCACGGUAGGUGAACCCAUCAAUCCAGCAGCAUGGAAA